UCGCAGUCUGUUGUGCUUUGGUGGCUCAGAAAAGCGAAAGAAUCGAAAUUAAAAAGGCAGCUUUUGAAUAAACAAUACCAUUUUCCGUUAAGUAAUCGUUUUGUAUAAAAGGAAAUAUCGCCUACUCAGUUUCAUUCAGCGGUGCCAAAAAUGUUAUAAAUGAGAGACCGCCAACUUUUCUAAGGGGAGAAUAAUGCCAGACUGUGCUUAAUAAACUAGUGCCCUAGAAGUUCAUUAUCGAUGUUGCAAUCUUUUCUGAUUCUGAAAGAAGACCGCCUACGUCGCCCCCAUUCCCGUCUCGUCCUCCCGGGCUCCCAGUGGAAAGGCUGUCACUUGGGCUCAGCCCUAGGUAUUAAACUUUUAUUUGGUUCCUUUUUUUCUCUCUCUCUUUUUUUUUUUUUUUUUUUUUUUCUCCUUUUUCCCCUGGGUUUGGGGUCGGUCGGUCGGGGUUUGGGGGUUUUUGGGGCCGAGUCCCGCCGAGCGAAAUGCGGUGCCCGCCAGCCGCCUCCCGUCCGUCGGGAGGUGCGGGGAGCGGAUUUUAUCCUCCGCGGCGGCUCCGCGCGGGGCCGCAGCGCCCCGCGGCCGCGGAGCCCACCGCGGGCGGGCCGCCGCACCUCCGCGCACUCUCCGGUGCCGCCGCGGGGGACAAGGGGCGCCCCCCAGGCGGGAUGCGACCCCCGCGGCGCGGGCGCGGGGUGCGUGCGGGAGCGGUGGGCCCCCUGCGUCCCCGCUUGCGCGGGCGCGGGCGGCUCCGCGAGCGCGGCGCCCCGUGGCUCCGCCGCGCGGGGCUUGCGUGGGGCUGCGCGGGUGCGCGCCCCUGCGUGCGUGCACCUAGAGCAGAUCAUUGGAGAGGGUUUCCAGAAGGUGGAAAAUGUCACCUGAUUCACACUGAACUUUUUAAAUCUCCCCACCCCCGAGCAGACACACACACACACAUUAGGAGACCGCCCACCGCAGACAGCUAAGACCCCCGUAUAGAUUUAAAGAGAGACUGCAUUCAGAGCCUGACGUUCAUUCAAUAGAGCGAUCAUAAGCAGGCUGGCUAGUGCUCGCUCCCUCUCCCUACUCCCCCUCACGCUGUUUCUGUGUCUCUCUCACUCCCUGCUAUACUGAGGAUGUUAAAUCAGAGAAUCCACCCGGGCAUGCUCUUACUCCUGAUGUUUCUGUGCCACUUCAUGGAAGAUCACACAGUGCAGGCUGGGAACUGCUGGCUCCGGCAGGCGCGGAACGGCCGCUGCCAGGUCCUCUACAAAACCGACCUCAGCAAGGAGGAGUGCUGCAAGACCGGCCGCCUGACAACUUCGUGGACGGAAGAGGACGUCAACGACAACACGCUUUUUAAGUGGAUGAUUUUCAAUGGGGGAGCCCCAAACUGCAUCCCGUGCAAAGAAACGUGUGAGAAUGUGGACUGUGGACCCGGGAAGAAAUGUAAAAUGAACAAGAAGAACAAACCUCGGUGUGUUUGUGCUCCGGAUUGCUCUAAUAUCACUUGGAAGGGCCCCGUGUGUGGCUUAGAUGGGAAAACCUACAGGAACGAGUGUGCCCUUCUCAAAGCCAGAUGUAAAGAACAGCCUGAACUUGAAGUCCAGUAUCAGGGCAAAUGCAAAAAGACCUGUAGGGAUGUUUUAUGCCCAGGCAGCUCCACAUGUGUGGUUGACCAAACUAAUAACGCCUACUGCGUGACAUGUAAUCGAAUUUGCCCAGAGCCUACCUCCCCUGAACAGUAUCUCUGCGGGAAUGAUGGCAUAACUUACGCCAGCGCCUGUCACCUGAGGAAAGCUACCUGCCUACUGGGCAGAUCCAUUGGAUUAGCCUACGAAGGAAAAUGCAUCAAAGCCAAAUCCUGUGAAGACAUUCAGUGCAGUGCUGGGAAGAAAUGCUUGUGGGAUUUUAAGGUUGGCAGAGGUCGGUGCGCCCUCUGCGAUGAGCUAUGCCCUGAAAGCAAGUCAGACGAGGCAGUUUGUGCCAGUGAUAACACAACUUACCCAAGCGAGUGUGCCAUGAAAGAGGCAGCCUGCUCCAUGGGCGUGCUUCUAGAAGUAAAGCACUCUGGAUCUUGCAACUCCAUUAAUGAAGACCCAGAGGAUGAAGAGGAAGAUGAAGACCAGGACUACAGCUUUCCUAUAUCUUCCAUUCUGGAGUGGUAAAACCUCCAUCACUAUUGGAACAGCCAUUGGGCACGAAAUCAAUGUCCAUACUGUAAAUAAGUGUAUGCUUAUUUAUUUUGGGGAGAAAAAAAGUAUACAUAUAGUUGAGUCUCGUAGACAUUUAUUUAUACUGUGUCAUGUUUUAUAAUUUAUACAUAAAAUGUCUGGUUGACUGUACACCUUGUUUUUUGAAGAAAUUUAUUCGUUACGGGAAGAGCAGUGUUAUUUAUUGUGAGGUCUCUUGCUUGUAAAGUAAAGCUUUUCUUUUUUCUUGUAAACUAUAAAAGUCCAUUCCUUAGAGCUUACCCACAUGAUCUCAUCUCUUUGUUUCACUGAUGUUAACUCUUUUCCACUUUAACAAACUUGCAUGUCAGUUUCUGUUAUGUUUAUUUAUUGGAUUUUCUUCUUGCCGGUUCUGUACAUUAAAGAUCCCUCGGAUUUUUGUUUACAAGGAAUCUUAACUGACCAAAAGGCGUUGUAACUGACUUAAGUAUACUUCCAGGGUGCAGUGAGACGAUCUUUAAGGAAACUUCUUCUACUUCACUUUUCCUAACUUCUGAUCACAUCAUGUACUGAAGUGAUCUCAAUGUGCUGAGCAUAUAUACUAUACUAUACUAUACAAAAUCUGGACCCAAAGAGAUCGGAUUAUGAAGGUUGUUAAUAGGUACAGGGCUAACUGUAAUAAGAGUAAAGGUUUUAUUUUUAUUGUUUUAUUUUUUUGUAACAUGCAUAAGUGUUUUAUCCAGUGUUUCCUUUAAGAUGGUCUUGCAGUACCACAUUCAAAGUUUUCCCAAACAGUGUGUCACUAGAAGUUAUAUCAAAGCUUUAUCAGUUCAAGUUUCUUGCUUUUCAUAAUACUUUUUUUCUGAUGCAAUUUUAUAUUUUCAAACAUGGCGAGUUAAAUAUAAAUUCAUUUAAAUAUAUAGUUUUGUACUUUUCUACCAUGUAAAUGUGCAGUGUAUAUAAAAGUUAUAAUGUGUAUUUGUAAAUAAAUGAUGA